AUGGCGGCGUGGGCUCCAGGUGGAAAUCUCUGUCGCGCUAAGAUCAAUGGCGUGUGUUCAAGUCUUGUGGUCCCCAAGAAGUUGAUGCCAGCCAUGUCUCUGCAUCAACAGGGCAUCGAGAAUGUGGACGACGCACAACCCAAUGAACCCACCAUGAUCAGGAGAAAGGGUACCACCCUCACGACUGUGGAUGAAGCUUGA